AGGAUGCUUCAAUCAGUCAUUCGAACAUUGUGAAGAUAGACAAACAAAACUAACCAACAAAAUGCAAAAACUUGUAGUCUUUUUUGCUGCCAAUUUGGCUUUGGCCUUAGCUUUCGUGUCCCCUUUGGAUCACAGUGUUCCUGGAAGACAAAUACCAAUUCCGAAACCCACCGACGAGAAACCUAACAAAUUCGACUGGGACGUCCGACAACCUGGAAUCCUCGAUCUGAAAACUACUGGUACUUUCUACGACGAUGGGGGUUCACGUCUUGAUGGUUCAGCCACCUAUUCGAAAAAUUUUGUCGACCAUUCCCAGAACGUUGGUGCUGCUUUAAAUUACCACGAUUACAAUUCAAGACUGGGUGCUGGGCUAAAUGUGCAAGACUUGAAUGGGGCCGGAACUAGAAUUCAAGCAGACCUAACGAAGACACUUCUGAAAGAUCAGCACAGUAAUAUCGAAGGUGGACUGCGAUAUGGACAAACCUUCAACACACCUUUCGGAAACAGCGAACCGUUUUUCGGGGGCUUUAUCAGAGGAACAUUUUAAUUUUAGACAAACCUGAGUAGCAAAAGCUGCAGAACGUUGCUAUUAAUUUUUUUAUUUAAUUAUUUAUUUAUUUAAUUUUUUUUAAAACAAAAAUUGUAUCACUAAUGAAUAAAUUCAACUUAAACUCA